AUGUCUUUGAGCGGUCCACCCAAUCCCGUGUAUGAAGGUCUUAACGUAGCAGAAGUUGACAAGAGGCACAACUUCCGCCCUUUCAAGCAAGCAGAGCCUUCCCAAAGCAACAUUAAAACUUUGAAGCUCGAAAGCAUCGAUCUCUCGUUGUUCAAAGAGGGUCCGGAAUAUGCUGCGGACAGGAAGAAGUUAGCAGAUACUUUGGAAAAAUCGAUCUCCACCUACGGUUUCUUUUCUUUGAUCAAUCAUGGAAUCAGCGAUGAAUCGUUCGACCAUAUUAGAUCCAUUGCGCAAUCCACUUUAGAGCUUCCUGAAGAUGUUAAACGUCAACAUUUGGCCGGUGCUUUGACAUCAGACUCGGAGGAUAGAUCGGUUUCCUUGGGAGGGGAACGUGGGGCUGGAUUCAAGCCCAAAGGAUAUUGGUCAAUGAAGAAUGGCGUGACAGACUCAAUUGAGCUCUACAACUUUAGAGAUAUGACAAACGACAAUUUCUACAACCCGCCAAAGCCAUAUCCUGAGAUUGUGAAAGCACACUUGCCUGAAGUUGCAAGUUAUUUCAGACAUCUUCAUAAUGAAGUUCUUCGCAAAUUGACGGUUCUCUGUGACAUAGUUUUACAGUUGCCAGAGGGGUUUCUUUGGGAAAACUACUUCAAAAUUGUUGAUGGUGAUGUCUACAAUUCAGGGGGUGGUUUCGGAAGGUUCAUGGUUUAUCGUGGAAUGAAAGAAGAAGACGAAGCCAAGGUAGAUAAGAACUGGUUAAGGGGUCAUUCGGAUAGCACUGCUUUUACUUUCAUAACCUCUCAGCCAAUCCUUUCUCUCCAAAUUAGAGACUACUAUACUGGUGACUGGACUUAUGUCGGGCACACUCCUGGAGGGUUGAUUGUGAAUGUCGGUGACGCUUUGGAAUUUAUCACAGGUGGUUACUUCAAGUCAUCUAUUCACAGAGUUGUAGCACCUCCAGAAGAUCAAAAGCAAUUCACCAGAUUAGUGUUGAUUUACUUUACCGAGCCGAAAUUACCUGCCAUUCUUGAUCCAGAGCCACUCCAAUCUCCUAAGUUAGCAAGUUUGGGAAUUAACAAACCGGCUGAGUGGGAUAAGAUCACAUUUGAAAAGUGGGCCGACGAGAAGGGUAGGUUGUUUGGUAAGAAGGAAGUUAAUGACUCUCCAGGAGACGAGCCUAACUUGGUGCUCAUGUAUGGAAGACUACACGAAAGAUGGCACCAGGCAGAAAGUAAUUUUACACUUGAAGAAGCGAAGAAAAAACAUAGAAUCAUUCAAUUUUAG